GGCUGAACCGGCCAGUGCAAUCCACGACGAGUUCGACGUCGAAUCUACGCGUCUCUCGUGUCUUAUGCUACGUGAUUUUUUCACGCGUUGCUCGCGUUUUGCCGCGCGGUAAAACGAUAUUGUUCCGUUCGUUCGUUUGACCUUUUAUUUCGUUCCGUUCCGUUCGUUUGUUCCCCGUUCGUCAAUACAAGAGACCCAUACGUUUCACGAUUCGCCUCGAGCUCGUUCCAUUAGAGACGCUUUGUUCGCGCCUACGGUUCGUCUCCUCGUAUUUUCCUUCUACAUCGUACGGAACAGCCUCGUUACGCGUCAUGCAUCGUCGCGUCGAGCGCGUUUAUUCUCCCUUAGGUUAAUUAGCGUGCGGCCCAGUUUAAUGAUCUUUCGAACGUCAUUAAACUCCCGCUCGGCCAGGGUGCACUCGAGCCGUGAACUUCGACAGGGAAACGCCGCGUCAAGUAGCUGGAAAAUGAUACGUUUGGGACAACGACGUAACUUCGAGGAUCGUUAAGCGAGUCGACAACUUAUCGGCGGGAUGUCAACAUCGUGCCUGUCUCCUGUCCAACUUGACGAUCUUGUAAUCUAUCGAAGCUACAGAAUGUCGCGGCGACACGAAGGUGAGCAGUAUCAGGAACGAACCGACCCUUAAGGAAGCGAGUCAUCCGUAAUCCCUGAAGCAGUGCAGCUUGGUCUCGGCCUUGUACGGAUACCAACCGCGGGACAGGGCAAAUUCCUCAAAGGAGCGGGUUAACCACGACGAUCUUCCACGAAGACAGGCCACGCGCUACUAUCGCUUGAGAGUGGCAUGCGCGUGUGUGUUUACGCAGGUAGACGUUCUUGGGUUCGAGGAAGUUGUGGAAGAGAAGGAUCGGCUUCUCUGCCUAGAGGCAGACACGGAGAGAGCGUUAACUUGGUUGGCUAAAGACACAGUCGUCUGGUAGCCGCAGCUUGCCGCAGCUUGCCGCAGUAUUCCACAAACUUACACAAUAUCCACAAACCCGGCAGCCCGCGAAAUUCUUUAGUAAAUCUUCUGGCAUUUGCCUCCCGAGACGAACGCAACGCGUGUGUAAAACGCGCUGAAGAGCAACGACGGUUUGCCGAGCGAGAAGGAAGCAGGCCGUGUGCCGGUUAAGUGUAGCCGAGCGUCGAAAAUGCAUCGUUGAAAAGGGUCUCGAGAAGAAGGUGGAAACGUUGCGCCGAGCUCGCUGUUAACGCGCAUCAAGAGUGACGUCGGGUUGGAACAGUUGAGACAUUCGUAAAUGAGGGACCAGAGAAGGUAGGCGUGACAAGGGUCCGCUUAAGCCAGAAUAUUAGUCGUGUCAUCUAAUGAUCGUCGUGUUUCGCUUCGUCCAUUUAGUUUUGUAAUAUCUAGAGAAAUUUCUACCCGUGUCGACCCCGGUGCGAAUCCUCGUACAUUUCAAAGUUCCGCUUUGGACCCUCCUCUUUCAGCGUUGACAUUUCCUGUAUUUCCAAUUAAAACCUGAAUAGAGGAACGUAGAUUCACGAAGGAAGGACAACGUGACACGAAAGUCCUGACGGUUGACGCGGUAAAGAGAUGGUAGUAGCUCGGAUUCGUUAUCGGUGUUGACGCAGGCAAGUAUACCAGCGGAUGUUACACUGUAGAAGGAUUCAAAAGAACCCAGUCGAGGGGACAGGAAGUGAAUCGGAAGCAAGAAAGCUUUUGCGGCUGUGGAAAUAUUAAUGUUAGAAAUUAAGUCAUCCUGUGUAUUCGCUGAAAGCGUCGUGAAAUUCCCACCCGAUUCCGUUAAUAUCUAACUUGAAGCAGUAAAGAAAAACCUUGUAGUAGGAAAGUAGCGGAAUAGAAGCGCGAAUGUUGCUUGUCGACGGCUCUUUCUCCUUCUCUUUCUCUGCCCGUCUGUACCGUCGGUGUCUAUGUUGAGUAAAAAGAAAGACAGAGAUUUCUUCACAGAAGUAGCCCGUUGGCUGUGGAACAGUAGUAACGGAACGCUGAAAGCCACUCGAGAAAGAGAAAACCGGGAAACGCGCUCGGUUCUAUGGCCUAGAGCAUCCUGUAUUUCUGAUAACGUACAGAAUUCAGUAAUGUUCCAUGCAGGAAGGUUAGUGAAUGAAGGCUGAAUGGAAAACCGGUAAGCAAGAAAGUCCUUUCGCCUAGAGGCGAACUAUUAACUCUGCUUCCAAAGGGUGUCGUCCAACGGCUCGCCACAACGUCUUGCGAACUUCAAUAAUAUACACCACAGCGCAGUUCAAGUCCGACGGCCGUUGCGAUACUUGUAUCUUCCUGCUUGUCCUCCGGAUGCAUGAGAAGGGAUCUGGUGUACCUCGAACGUUUCGAAAGGCCGUAACCUAUAACUGUGGAACAAUAGUCGAACACGACGACCGAGCAACUUGCCAGAGCCUUCCGUGGCAUUUUCUUGGCUUGUACGCUUCGUGUGAUCGCGAUAAAACAAGCUCGAGAAACCGACUUCUGCAACGCUUCGAUCGAAAGAACCCUUUCUCGAGAACGGUUGCUCGUGUGGCUGUCACGGAAGAACGACUCGUCUGUAAUUUCUAGAAAUUAGCGACGGUUAACGACGGUUGCCGUCGGUAUACUUUAGAACGAGACACGCCUCAUGGAGAAGUUGGUAAUCCGUGAACUGACGCAAGACCGAGGGGAUUGAUCUAGCUAAGCUACUCACGAAGAUGUUUUAGCCCUGUCGCAGGACCGAGGUCAGUUCUGCUUCCUAGGUUUCCAGGGCAACAGAAACUUUUCUCUUUCUACGGUCGUGCUAAUCAAUCCUUGGAAACGGCGACCAGAGAACAGGCAACAAUUGCAACACAGUGGAACGCGAUAAAAGGUUCCCUCUGUCUACUCGAAAUAUCGAAAACAGCAAAUCGACGCGGAAGAAUCGAGUUUCUUCAACGACGUUUCCCGACCUGGUAGAGUAGUUGUGAUGUAACCUCCGAGAAUUCCUUCUGAGUGUAAGGAGCGUUUUCAAUCUCAGAUAAAACCCGUGGCUCGAGAACGGGUACCAAUCGAGGGGUUAACGUUGGAUCAGAGAACGACACGGUGAAUGAGGGCGGGCGACGAGGCGCUGGCAAUUGGCGGCAAGCUGGGUGAAAAAAGGCGAGGCAGAAAAAUAUGGUGCACGAGGCCACGGGUCUAUGGCACGGUGCGGGAUUCAACGUAUCGAGGUGGCUGAUGAUCAUAAUACACGGAUACCGGGCCACCACCCUUUUGCUAUCCAUUCUGCUUAACGUGCUGGUGCGAACUGCUGAAUACCCGACAGCGGUCACGGCGGAAGUUGUCCCGGCGAACGGGAAUUCGUUAGAAGCCAGCAUGAAACCAUUGGACAUCGACCUACCGCCUACGCUUCCGAUGACCUUCGGUACCGAAAAUUCCACGGUGAUCUCCGCCCAAUCUGGAUCUACCGCUCUCCUACCCUGCGUCGUCCAUAAUCUGGGGGAUGGAAUGGUGUCGUGGAUCAAGCGGAAGAACGUUCAGGAGUUACUGACCGUAGGACUGACAACGUACGCCAACGACGAGCGGUUCCAGGCAAUUCAUUUCCACCACAGCGAGGAUUGGACUCUUCAAAUAAAAUACGUUCAACCGAGGGAUGCUGGAUUGUACCAGUGCCAAGUAUCCACCCACCCACCCACUAGUAUAUUUCUGUUCCUCGAGGUUGUCGAGGCCAGAGCAGAGAUAGCUGGUCCCUCGGAGAAGUUCGUGAGGCCAGGUAGCACCCUGCAGCUUCACUGUCUCGUAAAAAAGUCAACAGAAACGCCUUCCUACCUAUUCUGGUAUCAUAACUUCCGGAUGAUCAACUACGACAUCGAUCAAGGGGUCAAUGUCAGCACGGACUUGGUAGGGCGCGAAAGUUGGCUGGAGGUGCCUCGUGCGUCUGAUCGUCAUUCCGGAAAUUACACCUGCGAGGCAAGUAACGCACAACCAGCGCGGGUUCUGGUGCACGUGUUCAAAGGAGAUAAUCCAGCUGCGAUGCAGCACAGCAUCGCUUCGUCGCCAUCUGUCAUGGCUUGCAGUGCGCUAUUGAUGAUGUUCACCACGCUGAAACUGGUGCUGCAUUCCACCGCAACGAACUGAUCUUUGUGCCCCGCCACGUGUGCCAUUCGAAAUAUAGAAAAAUGAACGUUGUGAUAUUUUCGAAAGAGAAGAAGAUAAAGCCGUGUAAUUCGACGAGAGAAACAAGGAUAAAUGUCCAGGUUGCGCGCGUGAAUUUUAUGACGUUGCAGGUGCAGUUUGUUCCGGCAAAAUUGUAUCCACGACAGACUCCGGUUGGAUCUGAAAUCACCAGCCUUUGAUCUUCGGAAGGUGAGCGACGUUAUCGUGAUACGCGUUAAGUAAUCGUUAAGGAAUUGAAUCGAAUAAUUGAUAGUGAAAGACGUGUACGUGUGCGUGCGUGUGUUAUCCGUGUAUACGGGGAAGUGAGACAAAAGUAUGUAACGAGCUACGAGAAUGAUGUCUCUGUAAAAUAACGGAACUGGUCUAGGGUGUAUCGUUAAAACCAUGGAUGCUCGAACAGCUACUUCGAACGACGCUCACGUAUUCGUUGUAUCGCGAGAAUACCGAAGCAUCCUCCCUCAGACAUAAGAUUCCUUCUUCUCUACCGUUCUAAGACGAACGCAAAUUUCGACGUUUCUUCAACGUAUACACACGUGUUUGCUCAAAAGUUGAUAUUUCGCCCGCGACUAAACUUCCCACCUUUGUUAGCCGUUGUGAUAUGUGUAAAUGUGUAAGCUGUGUGUAACUAUCACGAUCGUAAAAGUGUAAUUGUGUAAUCUGUCCUGCGACGAGUGGUACGAUUAAUGGCGAUAAUCCUGUCGCGAUCUGGCGCAUUUUGCCGGGUCAAACUUUCCAACGAUGUUCCGCGGACAACUUUAUUCGGUCACCGGCGUUAACUAUUUCUCUCGUUCUCCGCUCGCGAAAUUUGUUAGGUUAAUAGCAACGAUGAGAGAUCGUCGCAGUUUCAAUGAAUUGUUUCAGCAACUUGACAAAAAACAAACAAGAAAACAAGACAAAGGACGAAAGAAACGAAAGACAGAGAGCCGAAUUGCGUCACUUACGUCUUACGUUAGACGUAAAAGUUGAAUCGACGAGAAUUCCAUCGUUACCUAACGUUUAAUAUCACAUUAUAAAAAGGACAAAGAUUGUCGAGAUUAAUGGAAUAUUGCAUAUUCGGCCUACACGUUCAGGUACGCGUAAUUAAUCGUGAUAAUCCCGACGUAAUACAGCACAGCCUAACGACAUUAUCUUCUAUUGCCUUGCUCUGCACAGACGACCUUGCUCAUAAUGUCUAAAUUAGUUCUAUCUGACGUCCACGAAAUGGCCGUGCUCAGGUGUUAUACAUACCAUAGAAGGAAUCGGCGCUUAGCGGACUAUGGAAAAUUGUUGCAAACUAUCGAAUUUGUUGGCGAGCGUGUUUCACGUUUUUAGAAAAUUCAUCGUUCGAAGCUCGUAAUCGACGAGCGAAGUUAUCGUGUUUAGCGUAUCGCGUUAGAACGAGUUUAUCCUCCCGUGUUAAAAAUCAAAUUUGAUUGUGCCAAUCGCGUAUCGAUCUUUCGUUCUCGAUGAUUGUUCGCAUCAAAUUUUAUUGUACAUAUAUUUUCUAUGUCGGUUGUUCGUCGAUCUAUAAAUUAUAUAGUAUAAAUCCUUUAUAGAAGACGGUUUUCGUUAAUCCCUCGCGAAGAACGCAAGGCGAUCUUCUUGGACCACGAUGUUUCGCAGCGUUAGUAUUGCCGCAUGUUUCCAAGCUAAUCCACUAUUUCCUAGGUAGACAGCUGUUUCACGUAUCCGUACACAUUGUCAACGAGGAUAAUCCAGUUUCUGCAAAUAAUAAACCCAAUGGUAUUAUCAAGCUGGUGUGCACGGAUUUCGAUGCGAGUAAACGAAAUGCUCGUAUGGACUGCAUCGAGGAUACACACCGAGGAAUCCCCCUUCUCCCCUGUCAUAUGAAACGGAUCGAUCGUGAUUACUCCGAUUGAUUAUAAACGAUAAUAUUUCUUUGAGCGUACACUAUUUGACAAGAUCGUUUCGUUUAUUGUAAGUUAAAGCGAUGGAUUAAUUAAUGUGAUGUUCGAUGAUAUAGUCGCUGUCUGUUGUAUGUACAUACGUAUAAAUAACAUAUAUAUACACACACAUAUAUAUAUAUGUUACGAACGUCGCACAAUGUUAAUCUCAUUUACGGUUGAAUAAAGUUUUCAUAUAAAUUCCACUUCGGAAAUCACGGAUAAGAAA